CCAUUCAGAAAAAAACCCAUCUUUUUUUCCGCCGACUUAUACAAUCCUUCAAUUUUUUGAUCUCUUUGGAGAUCUUCUCAUACUUCAUGGAUGACAGUGAUGGUAGUCGAUGCAAAGGGCUCAUUUCUACUGUUAGAAAGAAAAGAAGCCAGACGCUGCGGCGACCUAGGACAGAGAAUCUGACAGUUCCUGCAUGCCAUGUUCACUCACCCCAGACAUCACUUUCAGAUAGUGCCUCUAGCGAUGAGUAUAGUGAUGAUGCUAAUGCAGGAGGGAGAAUCGACAACCUCAAUUACUCUAUAUCUAGAGAUUCUUCUGCUAACAGGUUCAAAGGUGAUUAUUCUUCUAAAAAGAACAAGGAGGAUGGGGGAUCUAGCGCGACAUAUGAUAAUGCAUGUGCAGGAGAUGAUACGAAUCCCAGGCAUGGUGCGUCUGUUAGGCAGUUAGGGAAUGCUAGGGACGGUGUAGCUAAUAAUAGCAAGCUGGAAAAGUUGAAGCUGAAAAUUGGUGGAGCGACUGGCAUUAUUCAAACCAAAAACAGUUCUUAUGAAUCAUCUGGCAGUUUGUUGUCUUCUAAAAGUGCACAACCCUCUGAUGCCUCUCAGCCUCGGCAGAAUCUCACUCCUCAGGACAAUUCAAGUGAAGACGGUCCUCUUGCAGAUAAGAAAAGUAGGUCGAAAGGAAUUUCGUGCAAGGGUUUCCCAGGAGGCACUUUUGAUGCUAGCAAAAGCAAUAUGAAGAAGAUGCCGAUGAAGAAUGUGUUUAAAAAACAAGGAGACAAGCCACAUCAAAAUCGUAAGGUCCACAGGCGAAGGAGGCUUAUUUUGGAUGAGCUUGAUGAGGAGGAUGAGAUUCCCUACUUGGAGAAGCGUAAUGUGGGGGAAGAACUAACUAAGACAAGAAGUCUUUCCGGGGGUUUGAAGGUCAAUAAGUAUGAAAUGUUGGAAGAUGUUGGAAGGUCAGGCAAAGAAGUUAAAAGAAUAUCAAAUCAAGGUUCUGAGUAUACUGAUUAUGAGGAGGAAGAACUAUUGUCUGAUGGAGAGGCCAAGCGGACAAAGAAGAAGGAUAAACAAAUGGAGUCCUAUGAGACACCGGCUGAAACAAAGAGUGAAAUAAGUCUUACAACACGUCCACGACAACGGGCUCUUCUGUCUGGCAAAGAAGCUAACAGAAAAUCAAAUCGAGGUUCUGAGGAUCUUGAUUAUGAGGAGGAAGAACUAUUGUCUGAUGGAGAGGCCAAGCGGACAAAGAAGAAGGAGAAGCAAAUGAAGGAGUCCUAUGAGACAUCGGUUGAAACAAAGAGUGAAAUAAGUCUUACAACACGACAACGGGCUCUUCUAUCAAGAAGGGAUUCAUCUGCUACUUCUGUGAAUCAGAUUGGGUAUCCCUACGGUUGUCCUCCAUCACCACCUCAAAAACAAAAGGAGAAGCUCUCAGAUGUUGAGCAGCAACUGAAAAGAGCAAAGGCUGCUCAGAAACGUAGAAUACGAUAUGAGGAGGCAGCUCGGGAAUCAGAGGCUGAGGCAAUUAGAAAAAUACUAGGUCAAGAUUCCAACAAGAAGAAGCAAGAGAAAAUAAAGAAGCAGCAGGAAGAGUUGGCACAGGAGAAGGCUGCCAAAGAGCUUGUUCCAAACACUAUCAGAACAGUUAUGGGCCCAACUGGAACUGUUGUUACAUUCCCUCACGAUAUGGGUUUGCCAAGUAUUUUUGACUCUAAGCCUUGCAGUUAUCCUCCCCCUCGUGAAAAAUGUGCUGGUCCUUCCUGUGUGAACCCAUCCAAUUACCGGGAUCCGAAGUCAAACCUUCGUCUUUGCAGUCUUAAGUGCUACAAGGCAAUUCAUGAAAAGAUGAAGGAUUAAAAGGCCUGCU